AUGGCUGACAAAAUCACGGUUAAAGUGAAGGCUAUGAAUGGCCAGCAAUUAGAACUUCAAGUUGAUCCGAAUAUUGAUGUCGAAGAAUUUAAAAAAUUGAUUGCAGAAAAGAGCAAUGCUGCUCCGAAUCAACAACGGCUAAUUUAUCAAGGAAAAGUGCUCAAAAAUGGUUCUAAACUAUCUGAUUACAAAAUUGUGAACGACCAUGUCGUCCAUCUUGUAAAUAUGCCAAACGAGGCUUCUUCAUCAUCAAGCUCCGAAGGCAGCAGCACCCAACAUCAGCAACAACAUCGCACUCAGCCUUCUCAAACUUCUUCUCAUGGCGCAAAUCAAACUCCUCAAACCUCAGGAUUCCGUGCUGCUUUCGGUCCUGGAAUCACUGUGGUGAGCGGAAUGGACCUAGGUGGCGCCGCCAGUGGUGGUACAGGUAGAAUAGAUAUUGGAUCUUUGGUGAACAAUGUGUUGAGUGGAAUCUUUCAACCUCCUUCUUCCACUAGCACAACAACCCACGCACAUUCCCAUGGUAGUACGAAUGGUAGCAAUACUGGUGGUACUCCAUCCACUUCCAGAUCUACACGUGCUCCUACAUCUGCUUCUUCAAGCCACGUUCACGACAUUUUACAUCACGGGCGUGAAAUUGUAAAUUUUUUGAACGGAAAUCAAAGACAAUCUGUAGUCGACGAUUUGAAUAGACUUGUAUCCCUUUUGCAAUCUUCUGCGUCUCAAAAUCGCAGACAGGAAUUUAUACAGCUAAGACAACAUGUAUUGCCCAACUUGUUGCAAUUACAAUCGAAUUUAAACUUGAUAAUAUCUAGUUUAAACGGGCGAGCUUCCACUCAUGGAACCAACAAUGUUUCUGCAAGAGAAAACUCUGGAGCUGCUAUUACAAAUGUUAAUUUACACUUGCACGUAAACUCUAAUGAGCUUGAUACUCUUCCAAAUCAACUACAAAGACUUCAUUCUAUGAUUAAUGCUUCUCCUCUUGCUCCGAGAAAUGGUCACUUGGAGAGACCUGUUUCUGUCACUUCUACCACUGAACCAAUUUCAAACACCGAUUUUGUAAAUGAACUUUUUCCAAGUAGCCGAAGCAGCACACCACAAACAUCAAAUAGUGUUACCUCUACAUCACCCUCUACUCAACCAUCAUCAACAACUCAAUCAACAACAAGCUUGCAUUCUCUUAUUAAUAAUGUUAUGGGUGCUUUUGGAGUUUCUCAGACACAAGAAUCCGAGUCAGAAAGAGGAUUUUUUGAUCGAUUGAUAUCUGUUGCCACAGAUUCUCUUCAACUUCCAGAUUUAUUUUCUGUCAUGUCUGGAAACUGGACUCCAUUGGACGCCACUAAAGAAAAAUUGAAGGCAUUCUUGAUUAAUGAAGGUUUACAAAACGAUUCCUCAAAACAAAGUAGACAACGAAAGAUUGAAGAGCUAAUGGUUGAGUUUGAAAAAUAUUUAGACCAAAAUCAUGACCUACAAUUGGAAAUUGCAUCAAGAGCAAAUAACGAAAGCGAUGUUUUAGGACAGCUUGUAGAGCUUGCAAGAUUUUAUAUUACAAUGCUUUUCGAUUUGAUUCUUGAGGACGUAUCCAUGUAUCCACAAAUUACCAAUGGAGUCAUUACUUCCUCGUCUUUCUCGGCUGCUCUAAAUAGAUUUACCACUCUUUUCUUGGGUGAAACUGUAGAAUUAUUUGAAACUGAGUGCAUAUCCGGAUCUUCAAAGAUUUUAAUUCCCCUUCUUUUAGAUUCCAUGUUCAAGGCCCUUCCAAAUUCUGUACAGACAUUUUAUAGAAAUCAAGGAGGUUCUUUGAUCUCCAGUUUUGCAGAGAGAAGACAUCAAGAAUACAAAACACAAUUUCCAAAUCGACCAAUUUCAAGAAUGCCAAAACCAGUUUUGAAGAAGGUUCAAGAACCUUCGAACAAGGAAGAAAAGCCCAUAACAACAACCAUACCAAGCACUUCAUCAUCGAGCUCUGUGGUUCCACCACAAAGUGAUUCUGACAAGUUACUCGAAGAGUUAAUGUCCAAAGAUGCUAUGGACUUGUUGGAGGAUGUCAUUUCAACAAAAGUCGACACCAAACCAUCUUCAGUUGCAACAUCUACUGAUUCUUCUCGGUCUGCGACACCAGUUGCAACCAUGCCAACAGCAACCACAGCUAAUGACGAUUGGAAGAAGGGUCUUUCUGAGGAUGAGGUUAAGGAAAUUAAUGACACCAUCCAUCAAGACGAAGUAAUGAUGGAAUUGAACGAAAAUGAUAGGCCAAAGCUUAGUGAUGCCUAUAAAUUGUCAUCAACGAUUGAAAGUCAACAACACAAUCAGGAUAUCUCAAAAAAGAGAAAGAGUCAUCCGAAUCCUCCUCAAGAAGAGCAAGAGAACUCCACCAAGAAGACGAAGAAGAUGUAG